GGCCGUUUGUAUAUUCCGGUCGCCGAUCAGAUAGAUGAUCGACGAUCUUACUGCUGGACCAGUAUACUACUAUAUCUUCUCGGAAAUCCUACUACCGAACCUCUUCGACUUUACGUGUCCUUGCAGUUUGGUAAGAACUCGCAACCGCUCAACGACUGUCUUCCCCUAUAGACUGAAACUGAGCUUAUCCUGCCUCAGUCACUAGUCGUAUUGAAACUGGCUUACACAAAGGUGACAUUCGACUAUUAGCUACUACGCCCCAUUAUACAAUUGAUACCGCUGCGUCCCCCCACAUCGACAGUCUUGAUCGCUUCCCGUUGCUAUUAUUCUGAUUGAAACCAUGACCUUGACCGAUUCCAGCACGGAACAAUUGGAGCCUAUUUUUGCUAUGGUGCGAAAUACCAUACUGCAGAACCCAUCAUAUUUCAAUACUUUCCUUCCGUCUCUUCGUGGGGACAGGACGUUCCUUGAGCCCAAUCCUUCAUUUCCGACUUGCGCCACACCUAUGGAGGUCGCGAUGCUGCGACGAUACUUCACCAGAGAGUUUCCUAGACCACGUAUUUCGCAUUGUACGGCACACUGGGACCGUGGUUCACCAUCAAUGAGCCAUUCGCGUGAUAAUGUUAUACGCUUACACACACGUGUUGCAGAGGCGUUGUGUCACUGUCAGGCGUCCAACCAGGACAAUCCCACUCUUCGUUUCUUGAUUGUGGUCAUCAUCCUGCAUGGACUUGGUCAUACAGUCGGAUGUCGUUUCUUCAGCAUUUUGGAGGCUGAUGAGCACUUGGAGUUCCCUUACUGGCAUUCUAAGACGUUGAUCACAGAACGAUCGUUUCCCGAGUAUGGUUUCCUUGUCGAGGAGGCUUUAUUCGGGGGCAUCAUUGGUAUAGUGUUCCGUGAAGAGGACUCGGAAGAUGGUGAACCACCUCCUCCGAUACAUGCCGACUUCAACGCUAUUGACUACCUAUUCAUGCAUUGUCGCGACGGCUUGACGUAUCGGCUCGACCCAACCGAUAUGGAGAACAAGUUAGCAGCGGGAGACUUCACCCCAUUCGAUCGUCGUUGCCUUCAGGCUGUAACCGCACCCAAGUGGAUCCCGGACAGAACCUGCGCCACAUUGAAUGGCGACCAUCUCCCGAUGGAUAUUGAUGAAUCUGAAGCUAAAGUGAAGCUAGAUGUGGAUGAAGAUGUCUCCGAUUUUGAGGAUCCGCCUCCAUGUAAAUGUCCGGGGGCCUACGGCUACUAUAGUCCCUAAAUCACCAUCAACUACAGGAGGCGUUCAAGGCAUUAUUGUCCCCCACUUUUUCUUGGCUUUCUUUCUUUCUUUCUUUUUGCAGCCGCAACUUCCUUCGCUCGUUCUUUAUUCCGUGAUCUGGUUUGCCGGCAACAACCCAGGCACUUGAUAGUUUUUUGACCGUGGGUCAGCACGCUAGAUAACAUAACAAUUGAGAUUCGGAAAUGAGUUGCUUCUGCCUUUUUUGCGAAAGUUACAUAUGUCACUCGAUGGUCCAUCGUCGUGCAACCGAUACAUAUACAUCAUGGACAUGAUAAAGUGUGAGGACUGAGAUGAGGAUGUAUGAUACGAGAGAGCAGAUGAGUGGUAGAAAACAAACAGAGAGAGACAGAGGAGAGGAGAGAGAAAUCGAGAGAAAUCGUAAGAAAAAGAAGACCAAAAAAAGAAAAAGCGAGACAAGAAGAAGAGAGAGCACGAAGAAAAUAUCGCUAGCACGUGAAUAACGAAAAAAGGCACAUCAUUAUACUAUGUACUCCCUAUAACGGCAAACUAUAAGCUGCACCUAAGUAAAAGCGGCGGUCCAUCAAGCCCAAAUCAUUGCCAAUACUGCUGCUGCUGUUGCUGCCUAGGCUGGUACGAAUAGAAAGCAUUCCCAUCCGAACCGCCCUGACCAUACCCAAGGUGUCCCUGCGGAACCUGUCCUUGAGGUUGAUGUUGCUGAGAUUGUCCAGAAGGAGGUACAGCAUUCGCAGACGCCCCAAAUCGCUGCGUAUUAUAGAAACUACCCUGUUGAGGCUGUUGAAC